UUUUUUGUUUAGGGGCAGCUGCCAGUGGUCGUAAUGUUUUGCCUGAUCGGUGCAGGGUUAAGUUUCGUUUUCAGGGAAGCGAGUGAAAACGAAAGUAAAGCAGCUGAUGGUGAUGAGACGGAAAUGCAACCCAGCUGAUCCGCGUCGCCAACAGGACAACUGCAAGCCGCUCGUGGUUCUGUUCGGAACCUGCAGCCGAACUUGAGCCGAAUAAUCAUCCUUUGUUCUGAUGUCUUAUCUCUUGAAACUAUGCCAGAAUGUGGCGCACAGGUACCUCGUAGUGAGAGGCCUCAAUAACUACUACCUGUCCUGUUGUGUGAACACUUUGCUGCAGACCCUCAAUGCUACUUGGGAACUAGCAGAUAUAUUAGAGAAGUGGGAAGAUGCUGGUUUGGGAGCAGUUGGUGAAAAUGUUCCCUUCCAGCUAAAGGGAGUCCUGAAGGCCAUGCGAGAAAAUUGUCCUCAGCCUGCUCCACAUAAAGACUUCCUCCACUGCUUGGACAGAAACUGCAUUCGACUUCAAACGCAGCACGACGCAGACGAGGUUUUCCUCUCCAUUCUGGAUUUGAUGCAGAGGCAGAUGGAUGACAGAGCACUGGCUCUUGAAAUCCAGAGUCUGUACAAGAUUUCCGUGGAGACACAGCUGCAGUGCUUGGAGUGCAACGCCGUUCAGACGCAAAACAGUCACCUGCUCAGCCUGCCUUUGCACAUAAGGGAAGACCAGAACUCCCUGGAAGACUGCAUGAACUCCUUCUUUCAGCAACAGGAGCUGAAGGGCAUUAACUGCUGUCUUUGUGCACAAUGUGAAACCAGGACGCCAUCCAGACAGGGUGUCAAGGUCCGCUCUUUGCCUCGAAUCUUGUGCAUACAACUGAAACGAUUUAGGAACUAUCAUGGACGCACCCUAAAACUCGACUGUAAAGUCAGUUUCCCAGAAACCUUCGACUUUUCUGAGAUUCACAAAGAAGCUUUCUCCACAGACUUUACUCAGAAUGACUGCAGGUACACUUUGUAUGCUGUCGUCGUUCACUCUGGCACGGCAACGUUUGGACACUACACCGCUUAUGUCCGCCACAAAGUGACCAACUGCUGGCACUAUGCAGAUGACAGCCACGUGUCCCAGUCUUCUUGGGAAGGAGUGCAGAAAACAUAUGAAGGAGGUUACAGUGGGACUGCAUAUAUGCUAAUGUACAGAAGAGAUGGCGAACAACAGGAUAUUUCAGGCUGAAGACUCUGAAGAUUUAAAGGAAGAUAAUACAGCAUAGGAAAAGGGGAAAUAUUAAUUACAGAUAUUAUUUUUAUUAUCUCUGGUGAAAGGUUACAUAUACUGAACAAUUUUUAGCACUUUAAGAGAUUUGCCAGGAAUUUAAACACAUGCACCAAUUUUUGAUAAAGGCCAGAAGAUGGCGCUCCAGCCUUAAAAUAUGUUCUACGAGAACACAAACACUUGUGUUUUGUGCUACUGUUUAUUAAGAGCAUCUAAGUAUUGUACUGUAUUUUCUGAUAACAACAAAUACAAACUUUGAUUUGAAAUUACUUAGACCAAACAAGCUUGAUUUGUAUUUUAGAAAUGAAAUAAAAUGGAUUAAAGUAGUUUCUGAUUGCUGUGCAGCAAGUGUGCACACAUUUCCAGACACAUAAUUAACUUGGAAAAUAACAGGUAGUGGUCAUUUUGCACAUUUGGUAUUAUACCUUAGCAAUUUUCUGCUGUCUUUUUGGACCUGACUUAUAAAAAGUCAGGUCCAAAAAGACAAUAUAAAAAUAAAUCCUAUCAGUCUACCUAAACAACAUAAUCACAACCUAAAUUACAUAAUGGCUUUCAUAUGUGGUGGAUUGUUUUUGUUCUGCUCUUUUUACUUUUGGGGUUCCUCAGGGGUCUGUGUCGGGUUUUCUGCUCUGCAUUUUAUGUACGCUGUCUUUUAAGUCUGUCCUUGGAUUCGUUUACCAGUUAAAUGUUGUAAUAAAAAUCCUUGUUGAAAUCCCAUUGACAAAAACCUGA